AAAUGUAGAUGGCAGCUGCUGCCUGUGAAGGACUCGCACCCAUCUGACCCUGCACAGCGCCUCCGAUUGCUACCAUGAUCCUCUGCAUGCUGCUGUUGGUCUCACUGCCUGAGCCAUCUGGCACCGAAGUCAACCCUGCAAUAUGCCGUUAUCCUUUGGGCAUGCAUGAAGGGACGAUACGGGAUGAAGAUAUCACUGCUUCUAGUCAGUGGUAUGAUUCCACAGGACCCCAGUAUGCACGGUUACAAAGGGAAGAGGGGGAUGGAGCCUGGUGCCCGGCUGGCUUGUUGCAGCCAGAAGACGUGCAGUUCCUCCAAAUUGACCUACACAAGCUUUUUUUCAUCACCUUGAUUGGGACUCAGGGACGGCACGCCCGUGCCACUGGCAAAGAAUUUGCCCGUGCUUACCGAAUUGACUAUAGCCGCAAUGGAGAGCGCUGGGUCUCCUGGAAAGAUCGCCAAGGCAGGCAGGUUAUCCAAGGCAACAUUGAUACGUAUGAUGUGGUCUUGAAAGAUCUUCGGCCUCCCAUCAUUGCUCGUUUUAUCCGGGUGAUUCCUGUGACGGAGCUGCCAAUGACUGUCUGUAUGAGGGUGGAGCUCUAUGGCUGUGUCUGGUAUGAUGGUUUGGCAUCCUAUAGCAUCCCUGAAGGAGGGACAAUAGCGGCUCCUGGCUUCCCCAUCGUUUAUCUGAAUGACUCGACCUAUGAUGGCUACCAUGAGCGCAGGCACUUGUACGGAGGCCUGGGCCAGCUGACGGACGGUGUGCUGGGACUGGAUGAUUUCACACAGAGCCACCAGUACCGCGUGUGGCCGGGCUACGACUACGUCGGCUGGAAGAACGAGAGCUUCAGCACGGGCGCUGUUGAGAUGGAGUUUCAGUUUGACCGGCCACGGAACUUCACCUCCAUGAAGGUGCACUGUAACAACAUGUUUUCCAAGGGAGUGAAGAUCUUCCAGAAGGUGGAGUGUCUGUUCAAACCACGCCUGAUUGCAGACUGGGAGUCUGAACCUGUUGGAGUGGCAACUGUCUUAGAUGACAAAAACCCCAGUGCGAGGUUUGUGACUGUCCCCCUCAAUCAGCGCGUGGGUAAAGCCAUACUUUGCCGCUUCUACUUUGCCGACUCCUGGAUGAUGAUGAGUGAGAUUUCCUUCCAGUCUGACAUGGAGAGUGUAAAUCCUAUUUUGGUGACAGUAGCCCCAAGCACAACAGAACCUCUGGAAGCAGAAUACAACGUCACCGAGGGGAUCUGGGAAACCACAUCUUCUGUAACCAGCACCUGGAUAGGAGAGAAAGCAGAUGACUCUAAUACCUCCAUCCUUGUGGGCUGCCUUGUGGCUAUUAUUCUUCUGCUCCUGAUGAUUAUAAUCAUUAUUCUUUGGAAGCAGUAUGUCCAAAAAAGGUUGGAAAAGGCCCCACGCCGAAUCCUGGAGGAGGAUGCCACAGUUCGUCUCUCCUUCUACAGCUACACCAUUGCCAACAACCAGACUCAGAUCCACCAGUCAAAUCCCACCUAUGAACGCGCUUUCCCACUGGACUUGGAAUAUCACCAGCCAGCUACACUGCUUCACAAGCUUCCAGAGCUCUCUCAAAGUGCAGAGGAUUCAGUGUGCAGUGGGGACUACGCUGAGCCUGACCUGACCAAAUCCACUCCUCACCAAGGCUUCCAGAACAACGUUCCUCACUAUGCUGAAACAGAUAUUGUCCACCUGCAAGGUGUGACGGGCAACAAUAUGUAUGCGGUGCCAGCCCUCACUGUGGAUUCGCUCACCAAGAAGGACAUCUCAGUAGGUGAAUUCCCACGGCAACAGCUACGACUCAAGGAGAAGCUGGGAGAAGGGCAGUUUGGAGAGGUGCACCUAUGUGAAGCUGAUGGCCUGCUGGAAUUUCUGGGGGUUUCUUCCACAGAAUUCACCCGCCAACCAGUUCUAGUAGCAGUGAAAAUGCUAAGAUCAGAUGUCAACAAAACAGCCAGGAAUGAUUUCCUGAAGGAGAUCAAGAUCAUGUCACGGCUGAAGAACCCAAACAUCAUCAGACUCCUGGGCGUGUGUGUGCGUGAUGACCCACUGUGUAUGAUAACAGAGUACAUGGAAAACGGAGACCUCAAUCAGUUCCUGUCACAGAGGGAGAUCUACAGCAAAUUUGCUGUUUCAAACAACAUUCCCUGUGUCAGCUACUCUAACCUGCUGUACAUGGCCACCCAGAUUGCCUCGGGAAUGAAGUAUUUAGCAUCUCUGAAUUUUGUGCACAGAGAUCUGGCCACUCGCAACUGCCUGGUGGGGAACAACUACACCAUCAAGAUUGCAGACUUUGGCAUGAGCAGGAACCUUUACAGUGGGGAUUACUACCGUAUCCAGGGAAGAGCUGUACUACCAAUACGUUGGAUGGCCUGGGAAAGCAUCCUUCUGGGCAAGUUCACUACAGCCAGUGACGUCUGGGCAUUCGGGGUCACCCUCUGGGAGAUGUUCAUACUGUGUAAGGAGCAACCUUACAGCCUCCUCUCAGAUGAGCAGGUCAUUGAGAACACAGGCGAGUUCUUCCGGAGCCAGGGCAGGCAGCUAUCACGAUGCUUAGAAAGCCUCAUGGGUUGUCUGCGAUCUAUCUCUCCCAGACUCCUCUGUGUCCUAACCCUGUAUUUGACCUGAUGCUCAAAUGUUGGAGCAGGGAUAUAAAAGAUCGUCCCACUUUUGACAUGAUUCACCACUUCCUGCUAGAACAGAUGGAAUCAAACAUCUGACUCGAGAAAAGGAGACAAACUGUGGAGAACUGAGUGACUUUGCCUCUCUUUGCCUGUACCUCACAGGAAGAUGGUCAGGCCACCUUGCUCUCCUCCCUUGACUGUAAUCUAUUUAAGUUGAGACGUCCAUGGCAGCUGCUCAUUCUAUUGGCCAUGGUCUGACACACAGGACCAGAGGAUCUCAUUUGGUUGAAAAAUCAUCUCCUCUUCUGAAUCAUUUCCUGGGAAUACUGUGAGAGGGAUUUUUAGAUGCCCAUACAUCUUUGGGCAGAAUGAAUGAGUGAAACUUUGCAAGGGACUUGGAGCUCUUUCCUGAAAGCUACUGGUUGGUUUGGGAGUUAUGAUUCAAGAAAAGAUUUGUAGAAGCAGUCUUCAGUCAUCUAAAACUAUUCCAUUAAAUCCAAUGGAAGUCUUGUGCACAUUAGCAAGUGCUUCAGUAUGCUCUUGCUACAGGCAAUAUGUAUAGUGAGAAACUAGAUAUGACUAGAACUAGGAAAUGGUUUAACAGACUUGAGAACUGACAGAGCUGGAUUUAGCAACCCUUUGGAAGUAAUUUUACAAGGGUCUAUGGAGGAUGCAGAUAGAGUCCAAGAUCGUGUUCUUUUUUCCUGUGGUUGUUAAGCACUGCUUUGGUUAUAUAUGUGCAUUUUCCCCACACUGGAUUUUUUUCUUAAAAAAAAAAAAAGAAAAGAAAGAAAAAAAUGAAUGUUAAAGGUCAUUGGAAGGUUGUUACAGUAGAUCUUCUUUUGACCUACAAAUAAAGACUAGGGUAGGGAGUUUGUAUUGAAAAGUAGCUGAUACUGUACUACUGUCACUAUGUAGAUUUAUUAGCCUAAUGAACUUGUAGCCACAACGGACUGAUGUGCAAUUAAUCCUGUAUAACUACCCAUUAAUAUGAGACCUCCUAAGUCGAUGCUGUUACAUGUGCAGAGGGAACUUGCCUUUGGUGAAACGGAAUGGCUGAGAGCAGAACCUGCUAUGUCACUUCUGUAGCUCGUGGGAGAGGAAGAGGAACAGGGUAUGUGUUGCCCCCCCAGCCCACGUGUGCAUGUGCGCACACGCUCUCGCUCACUCUCCUAGUGUCAGUGCUUCCCCUUCAGGUCUGCAGCGCUCUCGGUGGGGCGAGUUGAGCUCUGUCAGCCAGGCAGAUGCACUUCGGCCGGGGCUCCUUUACUGCUGUGAUCAAAUCUGGCAUCAGGAGGUAGCCCCUUUGUUCUGAUCAGGGUGGGUUUGCAUGUUAUUUCAGAUGCUUUCUGCUUGAAUGAGACAACUUAUUCACUGAACCGGGAUUGUUUUUUUCAGUUAUGUCACAAACGGCUCAUUCUGCAGAGGUUUUUACAGGGCUCUGAAGCCCAUUUGGCAUGAGUUAGAGAAUUCGGCUUGUUCCUACAAUAAAUCCAUUGUGGAUUUGUCAGGUGCCUGGGGAAUACUCUUCUAUACUGUCCCUAAUUGUAUAACAAGAUACUUUAGGACCAAACCAAAUACUUCAUAAGCUGGGAGAAGAUGAAAGUUCAGCACUUGGCUUUUUAAACAGCAUUCAGUGUAGUGUAUAUAUUGGGUAAGGUUUGUAAAGAUAACUUUUAUCUUUGCCACAAGCGCAGUGUGAAUGGCUGUCUGUGCUAAGAGCUCUGUACGGGGACACUGCCAAGAGAAGGAAUGUUGAAACAGUUAUAAGAAGAUAAUUGACCAUUACAUUAGAA